AUGCUGCCAUUCACCGUAACACGGCAUGCCGACGUACUGGCUGAGACGAUCCAGCUGUGCCUUUCAAAUCCCUCUGCAUCCAUCUCAGACUGCCUACGGCCCACGGCCAGGGAUCUUGACGACAUAUGGAGCUGGAACCGCGAGCUGCCUCCGACCUACGACUUCUGCAUGCACGAGAUGAUCUCCGAACGUGCCCAAGCAACCCCCGACAAAGAGGCCAUCUGCUCCUGGGACGGCAGCCUGACGUAUUCCCAAAUCGACAACUACUCGAGCACCGUCGCCCACUCCCUCAAGGCCGCCGGCGUCCAACCGCACGACGUGGUCCCAGCCUGCUUCGAGAAAUCCCGCUGGACCAUCGUCGCGGUCCUCGCCAUCAUGAAAGCGGGCGCAACCUUCGCGCUCAUGGACCCCACGCUCCCGCUCGCCCGCCUGCAGAACAUGGCGACCCAAGUCGGCGCCAAGAUGAUGCUCUCGUCCCACGCGCAGCACUCGCUCGCCACCUCCAUCCUCCCAUCCGGCACGCACCUCACCAUCGACGGCGCCACCUUCGCCUCCUCGGUGUCCACCCUCCCACCCCUCCCCCCCGUCGACCCCGCCACCCUGAUGUACAUCAUCUUCACCUCCGGCAGCACGGGCACGCCCAAGGGCGUCACCAUCUCGCACCUCACCUACACCAGCAGCGCCAUCCCCCGCGCCGCCGCCGUUGGCUACAGCCCUGACUGGCGCGUCCUCGACUUCGCCUCCUACGCCUUCGACGUCAGCAUCGACAGCAUGCUGCUGACCACCUCGCACGGCGGCACGCUCUGCAUCCCGUCCGACGCGGACCGGCUCAACGACAUCAACGGCGCGAUGCGGGCGAUGGCCGUCAACUACGCCGGGAUAACGCCGUCCGUCGCGCGCAUCCUCGAGCCCGAGGUCAUCGCGGCGCUGUAUGGGCUUGGGUUGGGGGGCGAGGCGGCGUCAGCGCGGGAUGUGAAUGUUUGGGGCAGGGAGACGCGGAUUAUUAUUGGGUAUGGGCCGUGUGAGUGUACGAUUGGGUGUACGGUCAAUAGCGACACGGCGACGGGCCGCGACUACGUGUCCAUCGGCACGGGCAACGGCGCCGCCAUCUGGAUCGCGGAUCCGAACGACCACGAGCGCCUGGUUCCCGUCGGCGCGGUCGGCGAAUUGCUGGUCGAGGGGCCGAUUGUGGGGCAGGGAUACCUGAACGAUCCGGCGAAGACGAAGGAGGCGUUCGUUGAGGACCCCGCGUGGUUGGUGGCCGGGCACGAGGCGAGGGGAGUGAGGGGCAGGAUGGGGAGUAGGUUGUACAAGACGGGGGAUCUGGGGAGGUAUGAUCCCGACGGUUCGGGCGGGAUCGUGUUUGCGGGGAGGAAGGACACGCAGGUCAAGCUGAGGGGCCAGCGUGUUGAGUUGGGCGAGAUUGAGAGUCAGCUCCUGGCACGGCUGCCGGCGGAGACAAACGUCAUUGCGGAGGUCAUCGUGCCGCAGGGAGCUGGUGGCCAGGCAACGCUGGUGGCGUUCGUUGCGUUCAACGGCGCGAAGGGGUCCGUGGGUGUGGAAGUCGAGGCGGUGCAGCUGGAUGACGAGAUGCGCGGCGUGCUGGCGGAGGCGGACAAGGAGCUGGCGAAGGUUGUGCCCAGGUACAUGGUGCCGACGGCGUACAUCCCGGUCAACCACGUGCCGGUGCUCAUCUCGGGCAAGACGGACCGCAAGCGGCUCAGGGCAUUCGGCCAGACGGUCGACCUGCGGCAGCUGGAUCAGGGCAGUUCUGCCAACGCUACGCGCGAGCUGAGCGAGCUGGAGAAGCGGCUCCGGCAGGCGUGGAGCCAGGUGCUGAACAUCGACGCCGACGGCAUCCGCCCCGACGACAACCUGUUCGCGCUGGGCGGCGACUCGCUGGCGGCCAUGAGGCUCGUCUCAGUCUGCAGAGCCGACGGCCUCGAUCUCUCCGUCACCAGCACCUUCGCCAACCCCACGCUCUCGGCCAUGGCCGCCGUCGUCCGCGUCUCCGACACGCAAGCACGAGCUGAACUGCCCCCCUUCUCGAUGAUCUCACAGGACGUCGAAAGCGCCAGGCUGGAAGCAGCGGCGGCGUGCGGCAUCACCGACCCCGCCGCCAUCGAAGACAUCUACCCCUCGACGCCAACCCAGCAAGCUCUCUUUACCUUCGCCCUCAAGUCCACCAAAGCCUACAUCGCCCAGCGCGUCGCCCGCAUCCCGGCCGACAUGGACCUCGCCGCCUGGAAGCAAGCCUGGGAAACCGUCGUCGCCGCCAACCCCAUCCUCCGCAGCCGCCUGGCCCAACUCCAAUCGCCCGGGCUGCAACAAGUCGUGCUGAACGAGAAGGGCAUCACCUGGCGGCACGCGGCGUCGCUCGCGCAGUACCUCGAGAGCGACCGGCAGGAGAAGAUGGAGCUGGGCCAGCCGCUGGCGCGCUACGCCAUCGUCAACGCUCCUUGCGACGACGAGAGCCAGCGCUACAUGGUGUGGACGAUCCACCACGUGCUGUACGACGGCUGGUCCGAGCCGCUGGUCCUCGAGCAGGUCCGGAACGCCCUACAAUCCCAACCCACUCCGGCCCCAGCGCAGAUGCGCGAUUUCGUGGCCUGGGUGCAGUCCACCGACGACGCCGCCAUGCAGGACUUCUGGCGCAAGGAGCUCGCCGGCGCCGUGGGGCCACAGUUCCCGCGCCUGCCUUCGCGCGACUACCUCCCUACGCCCGGCGCCACGGUCGAGCGGCAGAUCACUCUCCCCGAGACCAACUCGCCAUUCACGCUGGCGACGCUGAUCCGCGGCGCGUGGGCGCUCGUCGCCGCGCAGCAUGCCGGCAGCGACGACGUCGUCUUCGGCGAGACGCUGACGGGUCGGGACAUCGCGCUGGCCGGCGUCGAGAGCGUCGUCGGGCCGCUCAUCGCGACGGUGCCGGUGCGGAUACGCGUGCAGCGGACAGAAACCGUGGGAACGUAUCUAGCCGCGGUGCAGGAGGGAGUUCUGGCGCGCACGCCGUGGCAGCAUAUGGGCUUCCAGAACAUCCGGCGCGUCAGUCCCGAUGCGCAGCUGGCGUGCGAGACGGGGACGGGGCUGGUCAUCCAGCCGGAGCCCGAGUACGCGGGCGACGAUCUGGGGUUCGAGAUGGGGGACGUUGUGCGCGAGGCGCUGCAUUUCAAUGCGUAUCCGGUUAUGCUGGCGUUCGGCAUCCGGAAGGGCGGGUUCAGGGUGUGUGCGAGCUUCGACACUAAGCUCGUUGAGGUCGCGCAGAUGCGGCGCAUCCUCGCGCAGCUGGAGACGGUGUGCUUGCAGUUGAUCGGGGGUCCUGGGGAGAGAAGGCUGGAUCAGAUCAGUUGCUUGCCUGGGGCGGAGCUGGACCGCAUCUGGAAGUGGAAUCAGACUCCGCCGUUGGCUGUCGACGAGGCGUUGCAGUGUCUUCGUGCGGGCACAGACGUCAAGCCGGGCGCCGCCUACCCUCGCGCGGUUGUGCCGUGGGUUUGUGAUCCGCGGAACUCGUCGAUGUUGUCGCCAAUCGGUUGUGUGGGCGAGCUGUGGCUCGAAGCAGCUUUCCUACCCGGCGAAACUGUCGAGAACCCAGCUUGGCUUGUCACCGGAAGUUCUUCUUGUGCCGGCCGCACAGGGAGGGUCCAACCUACAGGCGAUAUGGCUCGUUUGCAAGAGGAUGGCAGCUUGGUGUUCGUUCGCCGCAAGGACAAUAUCUUCAGGAUCCAAGGCCAUGCGGUCGACAUUGCCGACUUCGACGCUCCCUUCUCCAAACACCUCCCACCAUCCGUUCAGGCUGCGGCAGCUAUAUGGCAAGAGUCAUCGAAUGGAGUCCAGCAGGGCUCAGAGCAAGAGCUAGUUGUCUUUGUCGAACAGCCGGCCUUCCAGGAAGCCAGUGUUGAGCUCAUCCCCACAAGCCACGACAUCUCUGAAGAUGGCAAGACACUUCAAAUCUGCACCAACAUCUCGAUUAGUCUCGCAGCCGCACUGAAGAAGCUCGACAAGUCAAUCCAAGACUCUCUCGCCUCAUACAUGGUCCCCUUCGCCUACAUCGUCGUCGACAAAAUCCUCACAUCCGACCACAAGACCCUGAACCAGCUCGCCUCGGCCAUCCCCCGCGACGUCCUCGCCCAGCUCCGCGAAGGCAUCAGAGUAGCAUGGAUGCAAUCCGCAACGCACUCAGCCCUGACGCCUGCAGAAGACGUGCUGCGCUCCGCCUGGGCGCAAAUCCUCGGCAUCGCUCCUGACCUCAUCGACGUCGACGACAACUUCUUCCGGCUAGGCGGCGACUCCGUGCUGGCGAUGAAGCUCGUUUCCCGCCUGCGUUCGCAGGGUCACAGCCUGUCCGUCGCCGACAUCUUCACGCACAUGCGCCUGGGCGACGCGGCGAAGGUCAUGAAGUCGAGCGCUCCGACGCCGGCAGCGAAGACACGACCGGUGUAUAAGCCCUUCUCCCUGCUGAGCCAGCAGCAUGUCGAAACGUUCCUGUCUGAUGUUGUGCGGCCACAGCUGGCCGAUCCGAGCUGGACCAUCCAAGAUGCGUAUCCAGUCACGGACUCGCAGGCGCUCGACGUCCGCGGCACCAUCAACACGCCGCGGACGUCGGUGCAGUACACCCUCCUGUACUUCGAGCCCGGCGCUGUCGACGCCGCACAGCUGUCCCGCGCCUGCACCGAGCUCGUCGCCGCACACGACAUCCUGCGCACCGUCUUCGUGCAAGGCGAAGCAGGAUCCAACAGCUUCCUCCAAGUCGUUCUGGCCUCGCUGGACGGCGUCGUGACCUCCCAGCCCGCCGACGGCGAUCUAGAGCAGCACGUCGCCGCCCUCUGCGCCGCCGACAUCGAGUCGUCCGAGGCCUUCUCCCUCGGCACCCCCUUCGUCCAGUUCACCCACGUGCAGGACGACGCCGACGGCCGAAGCUGCCUCAUCCUCCGCCUCUCGCACGCGCAGUACGAUGCCGUCGCCCUACCGCGCCUACUGACAGACCUGGAAGCGCUCUACACCGGCACUUCUCCCACCAACCUCCCCGCCUUCCGCCCCUUCUCGUCCUACCUCGCGCACACCGUCGGCACCGCCAGCUCCGCCGCGCAAACCGCAGCGCUGUCCUACUGGCGCACCCUCCUGUCCGCCUCCACGCCACCCACCAUCCUCCCCGGCGCCGCAGCACAGCCAGGCGACCGCGGCCUCUUCCGCGCCAGCCCCCCGCUUGACAUCUCAGCCAAGCCGAAAGAAAUCACGACGGCGAACCUGCUGACCGCCGCGUGGGCGCUCGUCCUGGCGCGGCGGCUGCGCGUGGCGGAUGUGCUGUUUGGCGGUGUGACGGGCGGGCGCAUCGUCGAGGGUCUGGAGGACGCCGAAGACGUGGUCGGGCCGUGCUACCAGUUCGCGCCCGUCAGAGUCAAAUUUGAGCGUGGGUGGAGGGCGGGCGAGCUGCUGCGGUUCGUGCAGGCGCAGGCGGGCGCGUCGGCGGCGCAUGAUUUCGUGGGGUGGAGGAGGGUUGCGGCGGAGUGUGUGCCGGGGUGGAAGGGAGAGAGGGCUGAGGAGUUCUUUGGUUCCGUCGUGCAUCAUCAGGAUGCGGCUGAGGACUUUGACGAGAUGCCGUUUGCGCAGGGCACGUGCAAGGUCGGGGUGGAGAAGCCGCAUGGGGAUGCGCCGGUGCCGUUUAAGGCCGUUUCGUUUGUGAGGGGGGGAGAGGUGCAUGUUGGUGUGGUGGGGAGUGAGAGGGAUGAGGCGUUUGUGGAUGGUGUGCUGGAGGAGUUGGUGGGGGCGGUGAGGGAGUUGGCGGGGCCGGAGGGGGAGGGGGGUGUGUUGCUUGGGGAGGAGGUGUUUGUGGAUGUUUGA